AUGUCCAAGUACGUGACAAAGUACAUUCCCAGUAGGGAGACCGUCAAGGCGCGGGCAACCCAUCUCAGUGCCUGGGAGCUGCCCAAGCAAGAGUCGGCUCUGGCUCCUCCGGAAGUCUGGACCAAUGCUGACAUGGACCCGGUCCCUCCCAAGUACCAGACCUGGACACUCUGGACCUGGAUGGCGUAUUGGGCGACCGAUACCAUCAACUUGGGUACUUGGGAAACUGCUUCGUCCGUCCUCGCCGUCGGUCUGAACUGGCGCGAUGCCAUUCCCAUCAUGGUCGUUGGUACCUCUUGUGUGGCGGUUCCUAUGGUCUUGAACGGUGCCAUUGGCGCAAAACUGCAUAUCCCAUUCUCCGUCAUUGUCCGAUCCAGCUUCGGUUACUACUUUGCCUACUUCUGUAUCUUCUCUCGUGCCGUUCUGGCCAUGUUCUGGCUCGGUAUCCAGGGCGCCAAUGGUGCACAAUGCAUCACCAUCAUGCUCGAGGCGAUCUGGCCUUCAUACGGUCGUAUCAAAAACCAUCUCCCGGACAGCGCCGGUAUUACUACCCAGGGAAUGAUCAGUUACUUCCUCUUCUGGAUCAUUCAGCUUCCGCUGCUUCUGAUCCCUCCGACCCGGCUCCGCUGGCUUUUUAUCGUGAAGCUGAUUGCCGCACCGGUGACGGCACUCGCCACUCUGGGCUGGAUCGUCAACAAGGCCGGUGGAGGUGGUGAAAUUUUCCACCUCCCCGAGACCGUCCACGGCAGUGAGCGUGCCUGGCUCUGGCUAUCAUGCAUGUCUUCCGUGACGGGCUCAUGGGCGACCCUCGCCUGUAACAUUCCGGAUUUUUCACGGUAUGCACGAAGUUCUCGUGGACAGUACAUCCAACUGCCGUUCCUUCCGGCAAUUUUCACCGUCUGUGGUGUCAUGGGUAUUGUUACCACUUCUGCCUCCAAGGUUGUGUAUGGGGAGUAUCUCUGGAAUCCUUUAGACAUCAUCGACCACUGGUUGGACAGCUCGGGCGGGCGCGCCGCGGCCUUCUUCGCCGCACUUUCUUGGUAUAUCGCUCAAGUCGGCACCAACAUCACCGCCAACUCGAUCUCCGCUGCCAACGAUUUGACGGUCCUGCUCCCCCGGUACAUCAACAUCAAACGUGGUUGUAUCAUUGCAGCCCUCGUUGGUGGCUGGGUGAUUGUUCCCUGGAAGAUCUUGGACUCUGCCACGACCUUUUUGGCUUUCAUGGGUGGUUACGCCGUGUUUUUGGCUCCAAUGGCCGGUAUCAUCGCUUCAGACUACUGGAUUGUCAAGAGAAAGCACAUGGAUGUCCCUGCCAUGUACGAUCCUCGUGGUCGAUACCGAUACAACAAAUUCGGCAUCAACUGGCGUGCCAUGCUAGCCUUCUUGCUUGCUGUUGGUCCCUGUCUACCUGGUCUGGCAUACAGCAUCGAUAAUACCACCAAGAUCACCACCGGCGCCAAGCACCUGUACUCUUUCGACUGGCUCUAUGGCUUCGUCACCAGCAUCUUUGUCUACUCUCUCACCAGCUACAUCUGGAAGCCCACCAAUCAACUCGUGCCGCACACAGUAUACGGCAUUCCUCAAGAUCCAGCCGACGAGGAAGCAUACGACGAGGCCUACGACGAGAAAGUUCUACGGAAGGACAGCUUGGUUGGCAAUCCCAAAAGUUUUGGAAAUAUAGGCGGCAUCGACAAUAUGGGGAGUGCUCUCCAUUUUAGAAAGUCUGUUGAUGAAACGGCCAGAGAGAGCAUUGAAGUCCGAAGGGCCAGCAGGGCUUCCCAAGGCGGCCAAGGUCCUCCUGCUCCUGGUACUGUGCCAGAGCAUCUCAAAAGUGUCGACCAACAGGUUUUGAAUGAGAAGUUGUAA